AUGCGUGCAUUACAUUUCUUUGCUGCUUCUCCUGUGGUGCUCUCUCUCUUUUUUUUUUUUUUUUCUCUCCCCAUCGCGGCGGUUUAUUUUAUUUUCUGUGGUUUAUUUUGGGGUGGGUGGGGGGAGCCAUACAAAAGAGGAUCCGGUGAGGAGUUUGUGAUGGGCAAGCGACAGCGGGAUGCCGAAGCGGAAGCGGCGGCAGUUCGGCAUGCCAUUGAGUUGAUAUGCCAACGCCCCGUGAAGGAUACGGAGGUGAAAGCGGUCACACUGACGCCCCUUGAGAAGCAGGUGGUUUCUCUCAAGGAAUCUCUACCGCCCGAUGUGGUGCUGAUGGUUGCGUGCGGUUAUCGUGUAAAGUUCUACGGCCGCGAUAGCCGCGUGGCGAGCCGUCGUUUUGGUAUCAUGUGCGUUGGUACCACCCCGUUCGAGUCGAGCAGUGUACCGUAUGUGCGAGUAAACCUGUACGUUCACCGCCUUGUGGCCAUGGGUUACCGGGUGGCGUUUGCUGACCAAGAAAACGCUUCCAUUCGCGCAAACAGUGGGACCGCGAAGGGUAUUUUUACCCGAGAAAUCACACGUGUGUGCAGCCGAGGAACACUACUCCCGUCCGAGGUGAUUGGUGUCGCUAACCCGGCGAAGACGACAAAUUCAAAUGGUGUUUCGUCUGUGGAUACGGCAGAUGUCGCAGAAGCCGGGGCGGAGGAUGACGAAGCGGAACCAGAAGGAGUGAAUUUUCCCAUGAAGGAAGAAUCAUCCGAGUUGUUCAUGUGUUUUAUAAAGGCACCAUCGCCAUCAUCAUUGCCGGCAGCAGCAGGAGCUCCCGCGAUGAAUGUCACACUUGUCAGCUUUGUUACUUACGCCGUGACACGCCACCGCAUUGCAUCGGAGGUGGAACUCUUGGACGUGUUGCACCGCUACGACAUUGUGGAGGUGAUUCUUCUCUGCGAGCCCCCCCAAGGGGAGAAUGCGAAUGACAAAUUAUUGUCGCCCAAAUCCUCCCCGCUGCGGUGCUUGCCGGAAGUGUACGCCUCUUGUUUGAAUGAAGUGCUGCCGCUGCACUUUGGCC